AUGCGCAGAUACUCGGAGACUGCCAGGAGAGUGAAGGGUGUCUCCCAUGAGUUCAUUAUCAACAACCUCCCCAACUACCUCAAGCCAGGGUUUGUCUCGGAAAAUUUGUAUGCCAAAUUACCAAAAACUAUGGAAGAAUUGCAAGAAAAAAUGACCAAAUUCAUCAAAAUGGAGGACCAACGACAUUACCGGAAAAAGAUCGAAGCUCCGGUCACAGAUGCCAAACGUGAUGAUAGACGAACAGGUGACAGAGGUUGUAAUCAAAGGCCCCUUCGAAGAGAACUAAAAGCCCCGCUCGGACCUCGGUACGACCACUAUACACACCUUACGGCUCCGAGGGAAAAGGUGUUCGACAAAGCCUUCCAAGCCAACCUAAUCACCAUUCACAAAAGGCGUACGCCUAGAGAUGCGGACGCGUCCAAGAUAUGUCGGUUUCAUGACAACCAAGGACAUUCCACCGAAGGCUGCCAAGAACUUAAAGAUGAGAUAGAAAGAUUAGUCCGUGCGGGCUACCUGCGAGAAUUUGUUAAAGCAGAGACAAGCCAAAGGGGAUGUUCCCCCCAACGGGGACGUUCCCCCAGAAAAUACAAAAGAAGUCCCGAGCCUUCACGUCGAAAACCCGAACGUACUCGACAACCUUCGAGAAGCAGAUCCAGAAAGCGAGACACGACCCCCAAGGGUCGUAUUGACACCAUCUCAGGAGGUUUUGCCGGGGGAGGAGCCUCAUCUUCGGCUCGCAAAAGACACUUGCGGAACUUGCGUAGCGUCCACACAAUAGCCCGGAACCCUUUGUCAAUGCCGGACAUCACCUUUACCGACAGGGAUUUUCACGCCCCGGACCCGGAACAGGAUGAUCCUAUGGUCAUUACGGCCUGA